AUGGAGUCCCCGUCCCGACGGAGUCCCCGUCCCGACGGAGUCCCCCAUCCCGACAGAGUCCCCCGUCCCGACGGAGUCCCCCAUCCCGACGGAGUCCCCGUCCCGACAGAGUCCCCCGUCCCGACAGAGUCCCCCAUACCGACGGAGUCCCCCGUCCCGACAGAGUCCCCCAUACCGACGGAGUCCCCGUCCCCCGUACUGAUGGAGUCCCCCAUACCGAUGGAUACGGGAUCCGGUGAUACGCGAAGGUCCCGGACAGGCGCCGUGACGGCGGCUGCAGCGGGACGGACGGUGGGAGUCGGACUGAGUGUGGAGUCCCGGGACAGGGUCUGUGAGGCCCGGAGCCCCACCGAGGACUCGCUCUGGAAUAACGCGCCGGAGGAGGCCCUGAUGCUGCAGCUCCGCCGGGCGGUGCAGGAGGUGGUGAAGCAGAGCAGCUGGUGGGAGAGGAGGGGGGAGGACUGCUGCAUCCUGGGAGCUGCUUUCCUCCUUCUGCCCCCCGCCUUCCUGCUGCUGGGCUCCGCCCACCUCCCGGGCCUCUGCGCCGGCGUCCUGCUGAUGGGCGUGGCCCACGCCGUCAUCACCAUCAAGGGCGCCCACCUGGCCAGCCACGGGGGGCUGAGCCAGUCCCGGGCCUGGGCCCGCGUCUGGGCCGUGUUCUUCAUCGAGGUGUGCGGCUGCUUCCCGGCCCAGGCCGCCGUCCAGGCCCACGUCCAGAUGCACCACGCUCACACCAACGUGCUGGGCCUGGGCGACUCCAGCCUCUGGAAGCUUCCCUUCCUGCCGCGCGCCGUCUACCUGUUCGUGGCGCCGCUGGCUCUGCCCGUCAUCACGCCGCUCGUGGCGCUCGCUCACCUGCGAGGCCGCGGCGCCGCCGCCGGGUCCCGGACGGUGGCCAUGAUGGCGUUGGGCCUGCUCUCGCAGUACUGGCUGCUGGUCCGGGUGUCGGGGUUCCGGGCGCCGGGCGCCCUGCUGUGCAUGCUGCUGUGCCGGGCGCUGUUCUCCAUUCCUUACAUCCACGUCAACGUCUUCCAGCACGUCGGCCUGCCGGUGUUCUCCCCGAGCCGCCGGCCGCGGCGGAUCCUCCAGAUGAGCCACGGAGUCCUGAACCUGCACCGGAUCCCGCUGCUGGACUGGACCUUCGGGCACUCGCUCAUCAGCUGCCAUGUGGAGCACCACCUCUUCCCCUUCCUGUCGGACCACAUGUGCCUGAAGGUGAAGCCCGUGGUGUCCCGGUUCCUGAUGGAGAAGCAGCUUCCCUACCAGGAGGACGGGUACCUGUCCCGCCUGCGGCUCUUCUACCGCCGGUACCAGGAGCUGAUGGUGCUGGCUCCACCCAUCACCGAGCUGGUGGGGGUGCAGUGA